AUGGAUCGUCUUGGUGUCCUUCAGCCUACGGCUUUGACCGGCGAAGCUAAGCAGCUCUACGAAGACAUCAAGGACUACUUCGGAGGCAAUGUCAACUACACAUACAAACUUGAUAAUGGACAGAUGGUUGGACCGUUCGGCAUUGAACUGCACACACCUGGAGCAGGUUAUGCCUGGCUCAAUAUGACCAAUUCACUGGCCGAGAUCACAGAACUCCCGCCUCUGGCGCGCGAAGUCGCUAUCCUCGUCACCGGAAAUCACGAAGCGGCUGCCUACGAGAUCUACGCCCACUCUGCGGUGUCCAAGCUCAGCGCCGAGGACUUGAAGACUAUCGCAGGUGGUCGAUGCCCGAGCCAUCUUGACGAAAAAUGCCAUGCUGCCUUCAAUCUCGCCACGGACCUUUGCAAGCCUGGUCGUCUCUCGGACCAGGCGUGGGAGAAGGCUGUUGGACUAUUGGGAAAGGCUGCUGCGGUUGCUGUUGUACACUAUGUUGGAUUCUAUAAGUAUGUUGCUACCAUACUCAAUGGGUUUGAUGCAAAGAUUCCAGAGGAUUCUUGA